CAGUAAAUAUCCUAAUCAUAAUUUGAUCCCAGAUUCCACGUCAAAAGAUUUAUUAAUCAAUCAACCUACCCAAACGAAACUUAAAUAAAAGUUCUUCUAAAACCCUAAUCAGGUAAGUUACCAAAAUGAGAAAAUUAUGCCAAAGAUUUAUUUAUGACUGCGGAAACUGCAACCAUCUUACAGUAAUUUGAAUCUCAAGCAAAAUUCUUGCUGAAGAUUCUUUGUCAUUCCGCCGCCGAGACUGGACUAUACCUAGUAACAUUCAAAAGAAAUUUAAACUAUCCAGUGUUUAAUCGGAGUUAUGGCGGAGAAGAACGGAAGCGGCGGCGAAAGCCCUCUUGAGCUAUUCCUAAAGAUAGGAUUGGAUGAACGGACGGCGAAGAACACAGUCGCGAACAACAAAGUUACAGCUAAUCUGACUGCUGUGAUCCAUGAGGCAGCUGUAACUGAUGGUUGUGAUAGAAGCACUGGGAACCUGUUAUACACGGUUGCGACAAAAUUUCCAGCAAAUGCUCUUGUACAUAGACCCACAUUGCUGAAGUAUAUUGUCUCAUGCAAGAUCAAAACCUCUGCUCAGUUGGAUGCUGCAUUCACGUUUCUUAUGGCUAAUGCUUCGGGGUCUUUGAAGGUCAAUGAAUUUGAGGAGGCUUGUGGUGUUGGAGUUGAAGUGUCUACGGAAGAAAUAGAGCUCAUAGUUCAUGACAUUUUUGAAGAGAACAAGGCCAAGAUAUUGGAGCAGCGUUACAGAACAAAUGUUGGUGAACUAUUUGCUGCUGUUCGUAAGAAGCAGCCAUGGGCAGACCCUAAAAUAGUCAAGCAACUUAUAGAUGCAAAAUUGGUUGCAUUACUUGGAGAAAGAACUGCUGAAGAUGAUGAGAAACCUGUUAAGAAGAAGAAAGAAAAGCCUGCCAAAGUUGAGAGAAAAGCUAGUACAGAGGAGGUGCCUGCACCGAGUCCAUCCGAGGAUGAAAUUAAUCCAUUUUCAAUUUUUCCAUCCCCAGAGGAAAACUACAAGGUACACACAGAAAUAUACUUCAGUGACAGGCCUAUCCGUAGAGUAUGCAAUACAAAGGAACUACUUGAAAAGCAUUUGAAAGCAACUGGUGGAAAAGUUUUUACACGGUUUCCUCCUGAGCCAAAUGGAUAUCUACACAUAGGCCAUGCCAAGGCAAUGUUUAUUGAUUUUGGAUUGGCAAAAGAGCGAGGUGGAUGCUGCUAUUUGAGGUAUGAUGACACCAAUCCGGAAGCUGAAAAGAAAGAGUAUAUUGAUCAUAUUGAAGAAAUUGUAAGAUGGAUGGGAUGGGAACCCUUUAAGAUUACUUACACUAGUGACUAUUUUCAAGAACUUUAUGAGCUUGCUGUGGCAUUGAUACAAAAUGACCAUGCUUAUGUUGAUCACCAGACGCCUGAAGAGAUAAAAGAGUACAGGGAGAAAAAAAUCAAUAGCCCAUGGAGAGAUCGGCCAGUCGAAGAAUCUUUAAGACUGUUUGAUGAAAUGAAGCGUGGCAUGAUUGAAGAGGGAAAAGCAACACUACGGAUGAAACAGGACAUGCAAAGUGAUAAUCCAAACAUGUAUGACUUGAUCGCUUAUCGUAUUAAGUUCACUCCACACCCACAUGCGGGGGAUAAAUGGUGCAUCUAUCCAAGUUAUGAUUACGCCCAUUGCAUAGUCGAUUCUCUUGAAAACGUUACUCAUUCGCUAUGCACUCUUGAAUUUGAGAUCCGCCGUGCUUCAUAUUAUUGGUUAUUGGAUGCUCUAGGUCUCUACAAACCUUUUGUAUGGGAGUACUCACGUCUGAACAUAACUAACAAUGUGAUGUCUAAGCGUAAGUUAAACCGUCUUGUAACUGAAAAAUGGGUUGAUGGGUGGGAUGAUCCUCGUCUUAUGACUCUAGCUGGAUUGGGCCGUAGAGGUGUGACUCCAACUGCAAUUAAUGAUUUUGUUCGUGGAAUUGGGAUCACUAGAAGUGACCACAGUGUGAUACGUUUGGAUCGUCUUGAGCAUCAUAUUAGAGAAGAACUAAAUAAAACAGCACCUAGAGCAAUGGUUGUCCUUAAUCCACUAAAGGUGGUUAUAACAAAUAUGGACGAUGGCUUAGUGCUGGAUCUUGACGCAAAGAGAUGGCCUGAUGCACAAAUGGAUAACUCUUCAUCUCUUUACAAAGUUCCCUUUUCCAAGGUUAUAUACAUUGAGCAUUCUGAUUUUAGGAUGAAGGACUCCAAAGAUUAUUAUGGUCUUGCUCCUGGGAAAUUUGUGCUUCUCAGGUAUGCCUUUCCUAUCAAGUGCACAGAAGUAAUUUUGGGUGACGAUAAAGAGACUGUUAUUGAGCUUCGGGCAGAGUAUGAUCCAUCCAAGGCAGUCAAACCAAAGGGGGUUCUUCAUUGGGUUGCUGAACCAUCACCUGGAGUAAAUCCACUUAAGGCCGAAGUGAGAUUGUUUGAGAAAUUGUUCCUUUCUGAGAACCCCGGUGAACUUGAUAAUUGGCUUGAUGAUUUAAAUCCACAGUCCAAAGUUGUGAUGCCAAACGCGUAUGCAGUUCCUUCACUAUGCAAUGCGGCAGUUGGAGAUAAAUUUCAGUUCGAAAGGCUUGGCUAUUUUUCCGUUGACAAGGACUCAACUGCGCAGAAAUUGGUGUUUAACCGAACGGUCACACUGCGAGAUAGUUAUGCUAAAGGUGGAGGAAAGUAAGAUUUCCAAUUGAAUAGACACUGUUCAAUGUCAAAUACUUUUCAAAGAGACGAGUUUGAGAUCUUAAUUUUAUUUGCAAUUCUUGGUUGUUAAUUGCCACCAGCUACCUGUGCUUCUUCACAAGCAGAGGUGCAAUUGUCAUUUGCUGGGGAUAAUUAUAUCAGUAGUUUUCCAUUUUUGAGGGUCAAGUUUUUGCCUUUUCUCCCUUAGUUGUGUUUUUUUAGUUUUGUGUAAUGAAAAUCUUUAUCCGCAGUAUUCAAUUUGUGCAAAGGAAAAUGUUACUUUAACCCCCUA